AUGCCUCUCGGUCAGGAGUAUGGAUUCCUCCGUCUCUCAGAUCCAGACACCACUCUCGACACCACCAUUCAAGACACAGAAGCCAUCGCGAUCGCUCCCGAUCUCGAGAACGACGAAAGGAACGCCGGGAACAUCGCCAUGUCCGUGCAGAAGCAGCCAGUCCUCGGUCGGAGCCCGUCCCCAAACCUCCGUCAUCACGAACUAGCACCCAAAGGCGACAAGUACAAUGUUAUAUAUGGCACGAUACAUCGCUAUAGUGUCCCUCACUACCGGCGGUUUGGACGGGGAAGUGUGUUGGGCCUUCCCCCACGCCAUAAAAUCGACCGCGAUACAUCCGAAGGCGAUGCGAUAGUGAUUAAACCGGAUUUUUCUGCAGAUCGGUCGAAGGCAAAGACUAAGGAUCUUCUUGCGGGCCUCAGGAAACAACAAACGACGAAAUUGCUUCGCGUGCGACCGAUUUCAGCCACUGCGCCCACAGAUGCUUCCGAGGACUAUCUACCGCUUAGUACAUCCGGUAAUAAGUCCAAUGACCUCGAUGAAGAUUCGGAGGAUGACAGAUACGCUUAUCGCUCGAUCCGGGGCAAAGCAAAACCAGAAGAUAUGCUUCCAGACGACCUGGAGAUCAUCUCCGACAGUGGCUCCGUUGACGAGGAUGGUGUUCGGGCUGACCCAGACAAAGAGAUCAAGCAACGCAACGUGGAAUUGUCGCGCAAUGUAGAACGGAAUCCCACUGAUGUCGAAAGCUGGCUCGCGCUCAUUGAUCACCAAGAGUCUCUCCUGCGCGGCUCCGAGCGAGAAUCUGGCUCAUUGACAUACGCAGAGAGGAAGAGUCUGGCGGAUAUCAAACUAUCUCUCUAUGAGAAAGCCUUGAAAAAGGUCGGUCAGCACCCUUCUCGGGAUAAGCUGCUACUCGGUUGCUUGGAAGAGGGUGCGAAGUUGUGGGAUGCGAAAAAGCUUUCUGCCCGUUGGCAAUCUGUUUUGAAGUCAGAUUCGCACUUUAUUAGCCUCUGGAUCAAAUAUCUUGACUUCCGACAGACCGAGUUCCUUGAUUUCACCUAUGAAAAGUGUCUUGCCACGUUUAUGGAGUGUUUGCGACUGAAUAAGUCGAGUCCUGACCAUCCUAACAAGACCACGGUCCAUAUCUACCUCUUUCUUCGCCUCACACUCUUCAUCCGGGAGGCGGGAUUCGUGGAACUUGCCAUUGGGCUAUGGCAGGCUGUCCUGGAACUUACGUUCUUUCGACCAGAGUCUUUGGAUGAACGGAGCACAGUUGCGUCGUUCUUGGAGUUUUGGGACUCUGAAGUCGCGCGGAUUGGCGAGGCUGGUGCGCAAGGCUGGACGAGCAAUGAAAACACUCUUCACGAUCCACAGACACCGCCACCCCUACCUCGCUUAAAACCAAAGUCUCUGUUUGCGUCUUGGGUGGGAUGCGAAAGGGACCGCAUCGUCAGGUCUCGGCUGCCCGCCCGCAGCUUGGAUGAGGAAGAGGACCCAUAUCGUGUGGUCAUUUCUUCCGAUUUGGAAGAGACCCUUUCGCUGGUUUGGAGUGCUGAUGCUGCUCACGUAUUGGUCGACAGUUUUCUGUACUUCUGUCAUCUUCCUCCGGUCAUAACGGCUGUCAACAAGAAUACAACGGGUCAUUGGGCAGGGGACAGCUUUAUACAGAACGAUCUCAUGAGCAGUCCACAUUAUACCCUUGAAGAAUGGCUGUCGAGAUCUUCGACAAGCAUAGAAGGUUCAGAGUCCACUCCUCUGUCCUUUCCUGGCCAGCAUUUCAUCCACACUCUCGGUACACUUUUCGCUGAAAAGGGGACUUGGUUCUACUCCUUUGAGGCAUGGGCCAAGGCUGCCAGGGACAAUCAGUCUGAUGUUGAUACGGACUGGGUCCGUCGGGUAUUGCGAUCAUUGGUAGAGGCGAUGCCGCAAAACGACGACCUGGCCGAGUACACGCUCGCUUUGGAAUUUGCAUGCAAUCCAAAGGAGGCGAAGAAGUGUGCCAAGUCAUUGCUGAAGAAACGCUCAUCUAAUCUACGGCUCUACAAUGCAUACGCACUUAUGGAGCGUCGGUCUGGAAAUCACGCUGCUGCAGGCCAUGUCUGGGCCACCAGUCUGUCGAUGAGCAACACGUUCUCGGCUAAUGACAGAGCGGAUAGCGUUCUUCUCUGGCACGCUUGGGUUUGGGAACUGCUGGAAUCUCGGAACGUAGCCCACGCUUCUCAUGUUCUUAUGUCCAUGCCCCAGAAUAGUAUUGAUCUGAAAGCUUUUCCCGAUACGUCCGGCCAGCCAGAAUUCAGCGCUACGGGCUUGCUGAAGGUCCAAACUUUCUUGGCCGAGACCCUCGAAAACUUGUUGGCAAACCGCAAGUCAACGGCAUUCGUGGCCUGCGUCGACUCGCAGGCUAUCCUUACCUAUCUCACGCAUUCUUUCGAUCUGAACAAGACUCUCGAUGCAUACAGUAAUGCAAUGAGGCGUCUUUCUGUAUUGCCCAAGAAAGAUGAGGCUUUCGUCGCCUACGCCGUUGAAUUGCUUCACCAAUCUCGUGCUCGGUUCCUCUACUACCAUGUCCGCACAAACGGAAUCAUUUCCACCUUCCCACAUAACACCAUGUUCCUCUCUUUAUUCGCCUGGAACGAAUCUCGCUUCCGCAUCGAAGAGCGUGUGCGCGACAUCGUCAGAGACAUAACUACCGAGAGCCGAACCAGCCAUACUUCGACCCUGCAACAAGUCCCUAUCACCUCUCAUUUAUUCUCGAUUUACACGGAAAUGAUCCGCCCGGUGUAUGCAGGCUCCACGGCACACUCAGUACGUGCCGCAUUUGAAAAAGCCAUCGGCGAACACGACGCAUCAGCACAGCACAACACGCUGUCCACCGCAGGCUCAAGUCUCUCCCUGUGGAAACUGUACAUCUUGUUCGAAUUAUCACACCACAACAUCCAACGCGCCAAAGAUGUCUUCUACCGCGGUAUGCGUGCUUGCCCGUGGUCCAAGGAGCUCAUUAUGCUGGCGUUCAGUCACCUCCGUGCGGACGUCGUGGAGAGUCGCCACCCGGCCUCGUCUCGGCGAGGAGACGGCAUGGGCUUUGAUGAGCUGCGACGCGUGUAUAAUGUCCUUGUGGAGAAGGAGUUGCGCAUUCAUGUUGAUAUCGAGGAUCAAUUGGAUGAGCUCGCGGAGAAGAUGCAGAGAUCUGCUGGUUUGCCUUUUAGCAUGCCUGAUGAUGCAGAUAGUGGGGAUGAGAUGCAGCUGUAG